AUAUAUUUAAACAGGGCUAUUAUAUCCCCUCUUAACCUUCUCUUCUCCAGGCUAAACAUCCCCAGCUCCCUAAGUAUCCCCUCUUAAGGCAUGGUUUCCAGACCCUUCACCAUCUUGAUCUCCCUUCUCUGGAAUGAUGCUCCAGCCUCUCCAUAAUAUCCUUUCUGAAUUGUGUUGCCCAGAACUGGACGCAGCAUUAUUAUCCCAGGCUUCUUCACCAUGGAUCUCCUCCAUCGUCAGCCUUUGGUCCUCCUGGUGGGAGAAGGAAAUUUGUCCUUCUCAGCUGGUUUGUGCAAAGCAAAGGGUUGUGAAGCUCACAUUGUUGCUACCUGCUACGAGAGUGAAGAGACCGUUUCUAGACAAGCCCUUGCUAAAUCCAAUAUACAAUACCUGAAGAAAAGAGGGGCCGAAGUUCACUUUUGUGUUGACUGCACAAAACUACAGGAGCGCUUCUUGCCAACCGAGAGGAAUUUUGACCGCAUCUAUUUCAACUUCCCUCACUGCGGGAGAAAAGCUGGAGUGAAAAGAAACAGGGAGCUUCUCGCCAGGUUUUUCUGCAGCUGUGCAGAGGUCCUGGCAGAGAAAGGAGAGGUCCAUGUGGCGCUUUGCAGAGGACAGGGUGGGACCCCUGCCGACCAGCCGAUGAGGGAGUGGCACAACAGCUGGCAAGUCGUGGCUAUGGCAGCAGAGGCGGGAUUCAUCCUCAGUGACAUUCAUCCAUUUCACAUCAGGGAUGCUCAUGGAUAUACAUGUACAGGCUACAGGAGUCAGGAUAAAUCAUUCUGUGUGGAAGGCGCCUUGAACCACAUAUUCACGAGAAGUUUCCAUUUCCAUCACCCUGGGCCUGUGAUCCGUCACACAGAAUUGGGAGGCAAGACUGUUUCCUUCUGUGUUCCAGAGAUAUUUCUAGAUAAAAUAAACAGGGGCUUUCUAGAUGGGAAUUCAGAACAUCCUGUAAGAACAAUAAACGAAAAGCUAAUUGAUGAACUCGGCAAAUCGUUCCCAGUUCAGAAAGUUCAGUCAUCCCUUCCCUUGGUAUUCCAAGAUAGUUACAACUCUCCUUCCUCUCUGGAUGGCUUUUGGAUGAUUCCCAUUGUAAUAAGAAACCCAGAUCCUGAGCCCGUGGUUAACAGAACCGCAAGCAAGACAGAAGCCUUUGCCUUUCCUUCUGGUUUUUUUCCUGGCUUGGAGCGUAUUGAUCAAGGGAACAAGGAAAGGGACUGGCUCUUGGGGAGACACUAUCUCAGACCUUCUCUGCUACCUUCUCUUCACACAGUUUUUCAAGAAACAGACUUUCCUCUUGGGACUUUCCUGGCACUGAAUGGAUUGGCUUUUAGGAAAUGCAAGAUUUCUGCCCAUUCGCUGCCUAUUUUUCAUGAAACCCUCUUUAUUUCUUUGGUGAAUAAGGGCUCGGAAGAUGUGUGUUCCCAGCUCCUUGCAGAAAACCUUACAAGGACUUUAAACUCCCUCCUCCAAUCUUCAGGUGGCAAGGUAGACUGUACAACGGAUGAGCCAGAAACACUAUUCGACUGUACAACAGAUAAGCCAGAAACAUUAGCCCGCAAUGUUUUUCUGAUUCCUGAACCUCAGUUUCAUAAAUCAAAAUACCUUAUCACUGUGGCCCUGGAUUCUUCUGAUCAGGUCCCAAAGACACUUUGUGUAGGGACAAUAAAUACAGUUCCAUGGCAGCCGACAAGCAUUGAUCACAUAAUAGUUUAUGCUUCAUUGAAUCUCGAUCUUCUGGCCAUGCAAGUAUGUGGAAUCGCUGACUGGCGCAUGCUCUGGACCUCUGACAAACGUUUCCUCCCACAGUUUGCAGGAGGGCGUUUAGGGCCCUUCAAGAGCUUUUCACUCUAUCCGCCUUCCUAUCUGCAUGAUGUCAGUUUCUGGGUUCCCAAAUCACGAGAAUUCAAUGAAAUCCAGCUCCACACCAUUGCCAGGCAUGUGUCUGGUGAAACAGUGGUGUCUGUCCACCUGCUUGACAGCUUCUUGAAUCUGGACACAGGCCAAACCAGCCGCUGCUACAGGGUCAUUUACCAGUCUUGUGACAAAGCGCUCACAGGGAAGCAGGCGGCAGCAAUGCAGAUGAAGCUGAGGAGGGAAAUACAGAAUUGUCUGCAUGUGACUCUGAGGUAGCUCUUCGUCCUCCUUUUCCAGAGACAGAUGUGGCCAGAGACUUCAUUGGGUUGGUGUUGGGUGCCUUCAAGUCAUUUCCCACUUAUGGUGAACCUAAAGUGGCCUUAUUAUGUGGGGUUUCUUGGCAAGAUUGGUUCGGGGGGUUGCUUCGCCUUCCUCUGAGACUGAGAGAGUGUG